AUGUAUAGAUCAAGACUAGCCAGCCUCUGCGAGGAAGAUGUCCUCAAAAAGGUUAGAAAGCAGAGAGUUAUUGUCGAAAGGUACGCAUUCUCAGACGAGAGAAACGUGGUUACCGGGACAGUACGUGUCGCAAAUCUUGCCUUUGAGAAGAAGGUCCAAGUGUGCUACACAUUUAACGACUGGAACAGCCGCUCGGACCUCAAUCUGAUAUGGGAAGGGAGCGUGGGAGUGUUGCGUGAAACGGACAAGUUUGGGAUGGUCAUCCCCCUUCCUGUGGGUUGGAGUGGGCGUGUAGAGUUUUUCAUAAGAUACGAGGUAAACGGUCAGACAUACUUUGACAGCAACGAUGACAAGAAGUACGAAAUUGCGGCGAGCUCCACGGACAAACCAGAAGUAGCCAACCCAAUGGCUCUUUGUGAAGAAGACAUUCUCAGGAGAGUUAGAAAGCAGGGGGUUUAUCGUGGAAAAAUAUGA